AUGAAACUCAACAUUGCUUACCCGGCCACCGGGUGUCAGAAAUUGUAUGAAGUUGACGACGAGAAGAAGCUCAGAAUCUUUUACGAAAAGCGAAUGGCACAAGAAGUCGAAGCUGAUGCCCUCGGAGAUGAGUGGAAGGUAAGAUAUAUUCCAUGCUUAGUUUUAUUGUGAAUUUAAGGGUUACAUUCUUCGGAUCACCGGUGGUAACGAUAAACAAGGUUUCCCCAUGAAGCAGGGUGUACUGACCAACGGCCGCGUUCGUCUCCUUCUCUCCAAGGGUCACUCUUGUUACCGUCAACGAAGAAAGGGAGAGCGAAAAAGAAAGUCUGUCAGAGGCUGUAUUGUCGAUGCCGCUCUUUCCGCUUUGUCUCUCAUCAUUGUCAAGAAGGGUAAGUUAAACUAUAUUACGGAUUUGUGGUCUUUAGAAAUGCAAUUUAUAGAGUUGGGUUACCUUCUCUUUAUUGUUUUGCUAUUUGCGAUGCAUUUUUGUUUUUAGGAGAUGGCGAAAUCGAAGGUCUUACGGACAAGACUAUCGCUCGUGCCUGUGGUCCAAAGCGUGCCACCAAGAUCCGUCGUCUGUUUAACCUGACUAAGGAAGAUGAUGUCCGAAAAUACGUUCUGCGCAGAACCAUCCAACCCAAAGAAGAAGGAAAGAAGGUUCACACCAAGGCCCCGAAAAUUCAGAGACUUGUAACUCCCGCUCGUCUUCAACGAAAGAGAAGAAUCGCCGCCCAGAAGGUUAAGAGACGCAUCAAGAACCGCGAGGAAGCCGCUAACUACCAAAAGUUGUUGGCCAAGUACGCCAAGGAACGAUUGGCUGAGAAGGCCGCUCGCCGUCGUUCAUCAGCUUCUGCUUCCAAAUCGGAAAGCAAGCACUCCGUGUCCAAGAAAUAA